AAGUUCAGAAAGUCCAGACAGACUGGAAAUGCUGAGGAUCCUGUUGUUGAGCACGUUGGCUGCUUUGGCACUGGCUGAGCCCAGAUAUCUGGAGGAUCUGGCCAUUGAGGAGAGGGUUGUUGGUGGAGAGGUCGCAAAACCCAACUCCUGGCCCUGGCAGAUCUCUCUCCAGUUUCUGUCUGCCUUAGACUACUUUCACACCUGUGGUGGGACUCUGAUCAGACCAGGAUGGGUGUUGACUGCCGCCCACUGCGUUGACAUCCCGAGAAAUUGGCGUGUUAUCUUGGGAGACCAUGACAUCACUAAACACGAGGGUCAUGAGCAAUCGUUGACUGUCAGCCGUGUUUAUAUCCACCCCAACUGGAACACCGACAGUGUGUCUUCUGGAUAUGAUAUUGCUCUUCUGCAACUGUCCACCGAUGCCACGCUGAACUCAUAUGUGCAGUUGGCCACACUGCCACCCGCUGGACAGGUUCUGCCCCACAACAACGAAUGUUACAUCACUGGCUGGGGUCGCACACAGACUGGUGGGUCAACCUCAUCGCAGCUGAAACAAGCUUUGCUGCCCGUGGUCGACCACAAUACAUGUUCUCGCAGCGACUGGUGGGGAAGCAUCGUGAAGGACACCAUGAUUUGCUCUGGUGGCGGCGAGGUGUCUGGAUGCCAGGGUGACUCUGGUGGCCCUCUGAACUGUCUGGUCAACGGUAAGUAUGUUGUCCACGGUGUGACCAGCUUUGUGUCAGCUGCAGGUUGUAAUACCAACAAGAAGCCAACAGUCUUUACUCGUGUGUCAGCCUACAACAGUUGGAUUAAUGCUAUCAUUGGGAACUGAGAAGAUGAAAGGAAGAAAUACUCCAAUUACCUUUUAACAACUGCAACGACCAGAAAUACAAAAUAAUUCACAUGCAGCAUUGGACUAAUUAAUCUUGACUUCGUCUUAUCCAGUUAUUUUAUUUAUCCAGCAAACUGUCAUGCUUUUAGUUUCAUCCAAUGACUGUAAAAAAUAUGGACGACGCGACAGCCCCUUUUCCCAUUGAACGCCUUGAGGGCAAAACGCCUGCUUGACGGGCACAAACUGUCGCAAAAGACUGCUGAAAUUGGAGCCAGACAUGCGCAGAAGGACUGUCUGAUGGAGCCAGAGGAGGAGCCGCGAUAAUGAGCGGAGUCGAGCUUCCAACCAAACGCUUUAUGUAAAAUCAACCACGCCCCCGAACUUCUCACUCGACUGCCGGUGUCUGCACUAUAACAAACGCUCACUGAUGUAAAUAGAAGCACUUACAUUAAAAAAACACAAUAAUAUACGGUUUAAAAACGGUGUGAUGUAAGCUGUUAAACUUUAAUAAAAGCAAUACAUGGUGGACUGCAGAAA